AUGUUGAGAAGCUGCGAGGGCGAGGAGAUCAAGUUUGGGACACACGUCGUCACCAAGCAGGCCUUCUACCGGUCGGAGCACAGCUAUGCCAUCGUGAACCUCAAGCCGCUCGCCCCCGGCCACGUCCUCGUGUGUCCGCUCACUCCGUAUGAACGCCUCGGGGACCCCGCACCCGUGGAGCUGGCGGACCUGUGGAGUACCGUGACGAUGGUGCAGAAAAUCCUGGGCCGCAUUUACUUCAAACCCGAGGACGGCAGGGGUAGCUUCACCGUCGCGGUGCAGGACGGGCCGGAGGCCGGCCAGACAGUGCCGCACCUCCACGUCCACGUCAUCCCGCGCGUUGCGGGCGACAUGGGCGAGAACGAGGCCGCAAAUGACGAGAUAUACACCAAGCUGGCGUCGGAGGAGGGCAAUAUCGGCGGCGCAUUAUGGGACCUAGAGAGGCGGCCGCAGCCGGGUGGUGGCAUGCCACGCGUGGAGGACGCCUCCCGCGUGGCGCGGGAGCCGGAGGAUAUGCAUGCCGAGGCAGAGAAAUACAGGGAACACUUUAUGAAGCUCUACGGUAGCUGGUGUGAUUCCAGACUUGUAUAG